GCGUGUGGGGCGGCGCAGCGUGGCUGUGCUCGGCGCCGUGCGCCGGGGGGCCGCGGCCAUGGUGGAGCGCGCAGACGAGGCGCCGCUGCUCUUUUGGGCCGAGGGCCCCGCCGUGACGGCCCCGCCGCCCGCGGCAGAGACGGGCGGCGGCGGGCGGCGGCUCGGCGGCAGCUGGAGCGCGGCGCCGUGGGCCGGCGCGGAGCCGGCGGAGGCGGCGGGGCCGUCGCGGGCGGAGGCGGAGGAGGACCAGAUCGUGGCCGUCUUCGUCGUCACCUUCGACCCCCGCACGGGCAACAUGGUGGAGUGGUGUUUGCCCCAGGAUAUUGAUUUGGAAGGCGUGGAAUUCAAAUCCAUGGCAAGUGGGUCCCACAAAAUCCAGUCAGAUUUCAUCUAUUUCCGGAAAGGGCUCUGUUUCGGCCUGGCCUGCUUUGCCAACAUGCCUGUGGAGAGUGAGUUAGAGCGUGGUGCCCGUAUGAAGUCCGUGGGGAUUCUCUCCCCUUCCUACACCCUGCUCUAUAGGUACAUGCACUUCCUGGAGAACCAGGUCAGACACCAGCUGGAGAUGCCAGGGCACUACUCCCAUCUAGAGGCUUUCUAUGAUGACAAGAAAGGAGUUCUCCCUGAUAGCAAGGGCACCCUUACCUCUCAACAACCUGUCCACUGGCUGCCAUCCAUCCACAGAUACAUGUACCCAGAGAUGAAGAUCACACACCCUGCUGGCUGUAUGUCUCAGUUCAUCAAAUUCUUUGGUGAGCAGAUCCUUGUCCUCUGGAAGUUUGCCCUGCUGCGCAAGCGCAUAUUGAUAUUUUCACCACCCCCAGUUGGAGUUGUCUGCUAUAGAGUGUAUUGCUGCUGUUGCCUUGCCAAUGUUUCUCUGCCUGGUCUUGGAGGAACCGUCCCUGAAUCCAAACCAUUCUUCUAUGUGAACGUGGCAGACAUAGAAAUGCUGGAGACAGAAGUAUCAUAUGUGGCCUGUACAACAGAAAAAAUCUUUGAGGAGAAACGGGAUCUCUACGAUGUCUAUGUGGACAACCAGAAUGUGAAGACUCAUCAUGAGCAUCUGCAGCCACUCCUGAAAAUUAACAACGCUGACAAGGAGAAGUACCGACGGCUCAAUGACCAGAGGCAGAUGUUGAUGUAUUCUCAAGAAGUGGGUGAGGAUUGUAGCUCCUGUGAAGAGGACCUUUUCAUCUUGUUUUUCAUGGAGCAGAACAACCGCAUAUUCCAGACGCUGAUGGAGGUGUCUGCCAGCCAGGACAAGACGCUGACAGCUGAGCACGCGCGGGGCAUGGGCCUGGAUCCCCAGGGAGACCGAAGUUUCCUCAUGGACCUGCUGGAAGUGUAUGGAAUUGAUGUUAUGCUCGUCAUUGACAACCCCUGCUGCACUUAAACCAAGGGCGAGAGACAUGAGGAGCAAAAAGAUCACUGUUUAAAGACUACCAGACGUUGCUUAGGAGGAUCACUGGAACUCACCACAGCCACUGGACCGAUCUCAUUUUAUUUAAUAACUUUAUAUGGAAAGUAUUUAUAAUUUUAAAACCAAAUGUGAUUUUAUUUUCUUCCUCUCAACUUCCCAAUGAGUACCUGUUCCAGGUUUGGUUUUUGCUUAUUUUCAGCUCCCUUUCUUUUUUGUUUGUGGGGCUUUUGUUUUGUGUAGAUAGGACCAGUGGCACCUUUGCACCACUCCUCACCGAUGCCAGUGUCAGCUAGGUUUUGGCCUAGCCUGGAUACCUGAGGGCUCAAGACUUCAGGAAAGCACUUUGUCUGAUGGGGACCAAUGUGAAAUACUGUAACUGAGUUCUCAAGACUGAACUGGAAAACCCUCCUCACAUCCUUUCUUCCACUUGGGGACUGAAGAGAGCUUCGGCGCAGGCCGUUAGUGGCCCAGUCUUACAAAACAUCUGUCCUGCCGUGUUUAUUGGUGAGGGCAGUUAAACCAAUGAUAAAAACCAAGACUCAUUUAAACACCCCUCACCUAACUUUUAGCAGCUGAGUUGGAAUAAAGCCACCCUUCUUCAUCAAUGGCAGAAGCAACUUUGGAAUAAGGGGGUGCUACACAAUCUUAUGACUUUGCUUACCGGAGCAGCAUGGUUUCACUUCCAGCAUUUGAGGAGGUAUAAACUGGGAAGGACAUUACCCUACCUAUCUCACAGCUGGAGAAGCACACCAUCUCUCUUUAGAUCCCUCUUACCACUUCCUCUCAUUUCCACAACUGCAUCACACCUGCUGCUUUGGUUUAAAAUCUUCAAACCAGCAAGAUGGUCUCCCGUUCAACAGAGACCAGCGUCACUGAGCCAGCUUGCAGUCGCCAUGUUCUCCAGCCUCAGCUCAGGUGGUGCUGGGCUGGACUGGGUUGAAUAAGUAUGCUUUAACUGAUGUCACUAGCCCUUGUUUGGUAGCAGAUGGUACUUGUCACUCCUUUGGCUUUAACGUUGUCUGCUGAUCCUCCUUUUGCUAAGCAGCCUCCAGCACCACCUGCCGCCGUCCUUGGCUUUUGGUGUGAGACAGAGAGCAGUAGGUGACCUUUCAGCUGGAACAACUUUGCAGUUUGCAGGUUUCCUUGGAGUUUGGUGGUGAGAACCGGUGCAGCUGCCAGAAACAAUGUCUGACAUCAAGACUUUUUUUUCCCCUGGGCAGAGAAGCUGUAGAACCAGAUGAACAGUGUUUUCUUAUUCUUGUGCUGUGGAAAGGAUAAGGUUCAUUCGGCUGCAGGACCAGUGGUUACCUCCAGUAAGGCUAUCCUGGUAAAGAGUAAUCCCUUUGCCAUGUAGGAAUCUAAGAGUGCUACUGUGGGUCCUGGGUGUGACAUCCUGCUUUGCCCCAAAUCCUCCAGCCAGUGGUAAAAUCAGCUUUAAGCCAAGAGUUCUUCCUGAACUGUGGGUACAGCUAAUUAGGUGCUGCUUCUGCCACACUAGACUUCAGCACCCUUGGGGCCUUUCUGUGGUCUGCAGAAAUGCCAACUGCAUUUAUCCCGGUGUUUCAUAGAAUGAGACAGAGCAUGGACCACCAAAGUCUCACCUGCCAAUUCUUUUUAAAACAGGUGUGAAGCAAAUACUCUCCCAGCAGACCCUCUGUGAAUUGUCUCCCUCUGGAAGGUAGGAGGCUGGCAUGUCCCGUUUUUCCUUGAAGGCUAUCUGCAACAAAGCGGUAGUUUUGUUUGCUGUGGAUUCAGAGGUUUUAGGGAGGUGUGGGAUCAGCAGCCUCACAAGGCUUGUUGCACAGUUCAUUGGUAUGAGCUUCAGCAUAUUAUGUUCCUGUGAUCUGCCUGUCUGAGCAGUCGCUCCCCUGCCUGCUUUUUCAGGGCUUUGGAUAGCUUUGUACAGGAGAAAAACGCUGCUGUUUGUACUGCCAGUUGCUCACAACUCUAACAUAACCAUUCCUAGAAGGGUGGGGGGGAAAAAAGUGGAGAAAGAGGACAAAGUAGAGCUGAAGAUCAUUUAAUGAAAAGGCCAGUCUCUCUUCCUUAAAGAAUGGGUUUGUUUGUAAAUUGAUGCCCCUAACAGAAAAUUGACCCAAAUCUCAAUGCUUUUUUUCUCACUCUCAGUUUGGUUUUAACAUGCUGUCUGCAGUGAAGAUCCCUGAGGAAGCACAGCAGGCACUGCAUUGCUGGCACUUAACUUCCUUCAGAUAUCAUUAAAAAAAAGAAGGAACUGAAACUAACCAUUCUUCCUCUCACUUUCUUGAAGGUUUGCUACAUAGUUUAGCUGUGGUCAGCUGUUAAUGACUUUCUCAUCUCUUUCAUGUCAUGAUUUGCUGAACUAAAAAGAAAGAAACCUUUAAUUUGUCACUGAAAUGUCACAGCCUCUGGAGUCGGAGGCUUUCUAACACCCUUAUGUUCACAAGCUGCCAGAACAUCACAUCUACUAGACAGGACUGCUAGAGCCCACUGAGCAGAACCUCCUGAAAAUAUUGUUUGACAUUUAAUAAACCUCUGCUUUCCAGAAACUAGGUCUUCAGUUGCUAGCAGUAGUGUGGGUGCAGGAGCAUCAAACCAAGCAGGUUACUGUAAAAGUAUCUGUAAAAGUAUCUACAUCCCAGCUGGAUGGCUACAGCCUGUUUUGCUCUGCCUCGUAACUCUGCUUCUCCCCAUCCUCUCUUGGCAGGUGACUGCUACAAAAGUCAGGAAGCUGCCAGAUGGAAAAUGGUAGAAAGAGACUUCUCUCUCCUAAGCCUUCCUGGUUUCAUUUGCUGCAAAAGAACUUUCCACUUCACUCUCCUUUUUGUAUUACGCUUUGCUUUUACUGUUGUUGCAUGUGGAAAAUCCUCGAUAAUCCUUGAUAUAAUCCAAACAAAUGGCUACAGCUUGGGACGUGAAGGCUUGUUCAGCAGGCUGGUUUUGUUUGGAAUCAAUUUACCCGAGUCUUAGCCUUCCAGGAGAUAAUGUAACUCAAGGUAAAAACAUUAAGUGGAGACAUUUUAAAUGCCCUCCUUAGCACUUAACAGGUUUUUGAAUACUAACAGCUGAAGGGAGACAGCUACUUGACAUGUUUUGAAUUAAAACAUGGAGGAAAGCGUGGCAUAAAGUAGGAUAUUGCUGAUUGCUACACAGUCCUCUUCUCCAUUUGAAGUACUUUGCCUUUACAGUACAGUGGUGCCUUUAAUUUCUUUGGUGUGAUGCCUCUGGUCAGUUGCUUGUGAUCAGAGCCUGGGUUGAAUGGUGGCUACAGUAACCACGUACACAUCCUGUGCCCUGGAAGACAGGGUCUGGUACGUUCCUAACACACAAGUCAGGCUAUAGUCACAGCAGCAGGUUCUCGGUACUUGCUGGAGUUUAAACAGGAGAGCAAGAGCCUUGGAGUUGCAUCUUAAGUUGUACUAGAAAUGUAUAAUCAGGUGAUGAAGUAUUACUACUGUCUGUGUUGGAGGGUAAAGCUUGGGAGAGAAACAAAAGCUUGGUUUUCAAUCUGAGCAGGGGAUAACGUGCCAGACAUUUACAUCAUGCAAAAACCGCUGCAAGGUUGGGCCAAGCUGUAGGGAGCCAAGGACAACUACACACUGUAACAGAUACUAGGAGAAAGACAUUUUACUGAAUUAAGAGUUCAGAUUCGUUAAGACCUAUUAAUAUCUUUUUCUAGCAUAUAUGAAGUAGUUACUCCAGUGGAUGUUAGAGCUAAUGGUUAUACCUGUCACAGGAAAUGAGGUGGUCUGUCCAGCACCCUUAAAGGCAGAAGAAAUUUCUUCACCUUUUCAAGAGAAAGCAGCUUACUUUUAUUCUGUAAAGCAGCAUUACUGUGACACUUCUUCCGUUUUAAGAACUGCCAAAGUUAUCAGGCAAAUUGCUAAGAGUAGCUGUAGCCCUCUUGGUUGCAGACUGUGCCAGGGACAGGCAUGCUUUGCUCUGGGAAGUGGAAAGGCAGUGCUUUCUGGGAUAGCAGGGCAACAGCACUCUGUCCUAAUGCAAGUGUCUAGAAACAAAGCAUGCAUACUAAGCUAAAUUCUCUCAUAGCUAUUACUUCUAGGCUAGUUGCCAUCUCCUUUCCACACCCCCCCCAAAGCCAGUAGUCCAAAGACUAUGAGAGAAGACAACAUAAAUGUCUUUUGCAAGGGACUGGAAUGUACUGACUUAACAUCACAUCUGUCUAAAUGAGAGGGUGCUAAAGGCCUGUGAACCAGGAUUACAGGUCCUGGUUAAUGCAACAUGCCCUUCAUCUGGGAAUGUUUGAUUGUGGUUAAAAUAAAAGUGUGCCUUGGGCUGGUCCAUCAUUAGGUUGUUAUCCUUCCUUUUUUAUUUAUGUUAUAGUACCUUAAGGCCUUCUAGCAUGGAGUGUAAUAUUGAAGCCAGGAUAAGUGUUCUCCUGAGUGAGACUCAGGAUUUUACUACUCCUUCCUUUUCUUGGAGUUUAUACAAAGAACAUUUGUCUUGCUGUCAAGCAGAAACAUGAGAAUUGAGUCCUUUCCUCAAUGCUGUAGCUAGUGGGUUAUUUUAUGUAACGUUCUCCUCACACCUCCCCUCUGAAGACUGCAAUUCAGAGGUCCAGAACUACCCCAUCCUGAAAGACCUCUGAACUGUAGAGUAAGGGGAAAAAAUGACUUGAAUGGUAUUUAUACAAGCUACUGAACUUAUGCUGAUAUGUAACAGCAGCACACCAUUAACAAUACCAAUUGUGAAGGGAGCUCUUGGUUAUCCUCGAGUAAGGAAUCACAUUGCAGUGGGAGCCAUGGAUCUGAUGCUAUGGAAGAGAACUAGUAGUUUUCCCUGUAAAAUUGUACAGAAGAACCAGAAGAGUUCUUAACCGUCUCCCCCCCCCCCUUGCAGGUGGGUGGUCAUAGAUCUAACAGCUCUGAUGUUGUUUGCAUCUUGCAGAUGUGUGGUUGCUCCCAUAGGCCUGUGGCUGUGUAGAGAAACUGCUUACUAAAUGAUGAGUAUUUUUUAAUACAAUUAAAGCUUACCUUUUUAAAAUGGC